AUGCACGAAGUGAUAUCAAUUUCAGCCGGACAUCGUUGUAAUCAUUUGUCCACACAGUUUUUCAAUUGCCAAGAGAAGAAAUUAUACGAUGAGAAGAGAUACAAAGACAAUGAAUUCAGCGUACACCUGAAUCCAUCUACCGACAAGCUGAAUCAAACGGUUUCGUUUUCUCCUAGGGCACUUAUUUGGGAAUCUAAAGGUGGUAAUGGAUCAUUAGGGACAUAUCAAUACGUUCAACCAGAGGAUUAUUUUUAUUCCGAUGAUGCCAAGAAAGAUAAGAAUGAGAAUGUUAUGCUGACAGGUUCCAAGGUUCCUAGGUCGGAGUACCAAGAAGCACUGGAUAAUAGUGCGACGCCAAUCCCGCAGUUAAACAAUGAAAUGGCAAAGUACUGGUCAGAUUAUUCUAAACUGAUUUAUGACCCCACAACUUUCAACAAUCUGAAGGAUUGGCAUCAUGACUUGUCGAAACCCAAUUUGCCUGACUUUAAAGGGUUAGACGUACACAAAUUUGGUAGCUACGAAUUAGGGGUACAAGAAUUUGAUGACAAUUAUUUACAAGAGUUCUUUGAUGGGAAUUUACACAGGCAAUUGGAACAAUGCGAUACUUUACAGGGACUGAACUUAAUGAGUAGUCUUGAUAGCGCAUGGAGCGGAUUUUCCUCUGCAAUGUUACUGGAAUUACGUAAUGAAUUACCCAAGACAACAAUUUUUGCAUGGAAUUAUUACAAGGGCGAACUGAAAGGGCUGAAUAGGGCCCUUCUACCACACUGGGAACGUCAAAUGAAAUCAAGCGUGGUUUGCAAUGAGGAGGCAGAUUUGGUUUUCCCACUACGAUUAGAUGAAUCAUUGUCGGAUUGGGAGCAAGCCGGUCAGACAGUUAGAGUAUUGGAUAGUGUCAAUAGUCUUUUCGAACAAAAGGGUGAAAAAAUGCAAUCUAUGACUCACUUACAAGACUGCGUAGGCGUAAGUGAUCAAACUAGAAAAUUUGUUUCUUCAAUCUUCGAAAACUCUGACUACAACUAUUCCUUCUUUGAUGACUAUCCGGUUUUCAGAAACGGUCACAAAGAUCCACACGUUUUUUCAGAAUGUUUAAUUCAAAGAGGAUCUACUACUAACUCAACACCAAACCCGAGAACUUUACAAACCACUGAAUUUUUACCCAGUGACACAGUACCCCCACAAUUUCAAAGCCCUAAUUCUUUUGAUCUGCAGUUAUCAACAACGGAGAAAUCAAGAGACGUUUUCCUCCACUGGCGUGAUGUGGCCUCCAAAUACCUAAGAUCAGCUCCAGAUGGUGAUGAACUGGUAGAUAAUUUGGGGACAAUUGCGGCCACUUAUGAAUACGGUUGGUAUGACGAUGAGGAUUCUGGCGAUGAUGAUUUCUGA